UACGGGUCUGCUCCUCACCAGUCUUGGUGACGUCUCUGACAUAUGAGUGAAAAUUUUCAAGAGAGACGUUAACAAGAUACAAUCGAUCAAUCUAAUUCAUUAAAUAAGCCUAUGAGCCGAAGUAACUGGAGUCAAAUAAACUGGGAACGGAACGACGAAGGGCCGGACGAUUACCUACCGCGCCAGUCUAUCAUUAUCAUGAAUGGAUGUCUAAUCGUGAAAUCAAUGCCUUGUUAGUACGCACACACUGUUACCUACAAGGACAGAAGUGCACUGUAUACAUAGAAAAUCAAAGUAAUGAUGCAGGACAAUGAUAGACAUCUACCGUGUUCUAUGAGAUGUGAGAGGAAUCGAUUGGCUACAUUUAGUAAUUUCCCGUGCUCUGAAUUUGUCAGCACCCUUCGAUUAGCACAAUCCGGAUAUUACUACACUGGGAAUGAUUCUAAUUGCCAAUGUUAUCUCUGUGGUUAUGAACAUUGUGAAUGGACUUCCGGAGUCAUUCCAUUACACUGUGAGUUAAGGAGUACAGGCACUGUGGAGAACAUACCAAUACACCGCUCACAGCAUGCUCAGGAUCGACUCGUUCCCUCUGCACAGCCGUCUGCAUCAUCCUAUUAUCAUUGUCCGAGUUCACACUCGGAGGAACCUAAAGUUCACUUCGAGUCUGUCCAUGCUCAUCUAUUAUCAGCAACUUCCAGGGGUGUGUCUUCAAACACGAAUGACAGAGACAGAAGUGGCCUCUUCAGAAUGUUAAGACUACCAAUAAACAGUAGUAGUGCUCCACAACUGCCUUCAGUGGAUAAUAUCCCAAAACAUUCUACGCAGAGAUUAUGCAUGAGAUUAAGAAACGAACAAACUGGCCGCAUUGAAAGUUCAGCACCCUCUGAGACAAACGGCACCGAAUGUACAUCCCGUCGUCAUUUAUUACCCAGAAUUCCCAGCGGAUGUAGACGUGUUGUGUCAACUCCUCAUCGAGACAGUCCCCCAACAAACCAAUGCAAAAUCCCGGAUAAUUCAGAAUCCUGGGAUUGUGCACGAGGGGCUGUCUCCAUGUGUCCCUCAGGGUCUAGACGUCCUCUAUCCGAGAGUGACACAUGGCUUCCAGUGCCGGAAGAAAACUUCCGACUUAGCACAGCUGUGAGGAGCACCCCUGGAAUUCCACAAACUCACAGGGAGAGGCUCUCCACUUUCCACUACUGGCCCAGCAGCCUCCCAACAGCACAGAAAAUGGCAGUAGCUGGAUUCUUCUAUUUAGGAUAUGGCGAUUCCGUUCAGUGCUCAUUUUGUAAUGGACGUUUGAGAGACUGGUCAGCAAUGGAUGAUCCUUGGAGUAAGCAUGCUCGAAAGUUUCCGCACUGCAAAUUCAUCCUACAGCAUUUAACAAAGAUAUCCGGAAAUCAAGGUCAGACAGAUGUAUCAUGUGACAGACCAGAUGAUAUCUGUAUAACCGAUGCGCAGAUAGCUAGCAUGUCAGCGACGAGAGAACUACAGAAUCUAUCGUUUGAAUUACCCGACAUUGUCAAUGCUUGUAGAGAACUAAACACAGUCGAUUUACGAGUUGUCACACAGCGAGAUAUUCUGAAGUACUUCUACGAGGACACCGAAGAGGACAGAUUCUCAACUGACGAUCGUUGUCUGUGCUGUGUUUGCUCUCUACAAGUUGUCUCCCUGUUGUUUUUUCCUUGUCGACAUGGAUGUUGUACCGAGUGUAAAGGUAGACAACUCCUCCAUCACUGUCCUCGAUGUGACCACCAUAUCAAGGCAAAGAUAAACGUUUUCAUUUAAGGAUUCGUAAAACAUGUCUUAUUCGAAUUAAGGUGAAAUGACACCUGGUGAUUUUUUUCUGUACCAAUUCCUCAUACAUAUAUAGAAACAUCUCUAAUAAAAUUAAAUCACAAUUA